AUGGCAAGCCAGGCAACUGAGCAUCCGAUCUGGAAAAUCGCAUUUGAGGCCGUCACGGACUGGUCAACCGAACCCAUCGCCAGUGGCGGCUUUGGCGAGGUGUUCACGGCCUCAUACUACGGGACCAGAGUGGCCGCCAAGAGGCUUCAUUCCCGCUUCAAUGACCAGGCGCUCGUCUACUUUGAGCGGGAAAUUGGCAUCUGGCAUCGUCUCAGUCAUCCACACAUCCUGCCCCUGCUUGGUGCUUGUGACAAGGAUGCCAGCGGCAAGUCCAUCCACCCGUUCAUGGUGUCGCCGUUCAUGCCCAACGACACCCUCCUCAAGUUUGUCUCGGAUCCAAGCAACCCCCGUUCCGUCGAGGAGAAACUCCGACUCCUCUACCAAGUCGCCGCGGGCAUGUCUUACCUCCACGGCAACAGAGUUGUCCACGGCGAUCUGAAAGCCGUCAACGUCCUCCUGGACGCCUCAUUCAACUCGGUCUCCAGCUCUUCUGGCGGCACCCCAGGCUAUAUGGCGCCCGAGAUGCUGGACGAUGAGCCAGCCGGCACCUCGAAGAAUACUGACGUUUUUGCGUUCGCCAUGACCAUGUACGAGGUGCUCAACGAUGGUAAGGAGUCCUGGGUCACCAAGGACAAUGCUCCGAUGAAGCAAGCCCAGAUCAUAUCCCAGCUACUCCAACACAAGCGUCCCAAGCAGUUCCCUGGCAUCCCAGACGACAUUUGGGCUCUUAUCGACCGCUGCUGGGCCCACGAACCCACAGACAGACCCUCGUUCCCGGACAUCCUUGUCGCCCUCAAACCAUACGACCGUCCUGUACAGCCACCGGCUUUCCCGGCCGCCGAUCAUGUUGCUGUUCAGGCCAGCGGCAUCGAUACCAGCCGCUCUCCGCCCCAGUCCAGUCAUCUUGAUGAGCUCCAUUUUGACGACAUUGCCGAUGCUCCACAUCUGUCCAGUCAAUUGGUCUCCCGUGCCAAGCGAGGCGACCCAGCAGCCUGUCUCGAGGCGGCCAAGUUCAUUUCGGAUGGUCUGACUGUCCGCCACGGAGAUUGGAAGCUCGCAGCCCAGUUUUAUAAGGCCGCUGCCGACGGUGGAUUGGACAGCGCUACUACAGUGGGGAAGGUGUUUCCCAGGAUCCUCGCAAGGCAUUCGAAUGGUCCCGCAAAUCGGCUGAAUAAGGAAAUCGUUACGCACAGUUCCAUCUUGGCAUCUUCUAUCAAAACGGCUGGAGCGUCCCCAAAGACGUUGACGCCGCCAUAUUCUGGUACCGCAAGUCGGCUGACCAGGGCCACGAAUACGCCAUCAACAGUCUCAAGGUGCUUGGGAUUCGAUAAUUGA